ACCAACGAACGUACGGUCUAGUUUCCCCAAAAACUUGUUCGGAAGAAGAAUGCAGGAGAAACAUUAGUCGAAAUCUUAUUCACUACUUCGACGUUGAGAUCUGCACCUCGUAUCGUCUCCCGCAGUUCAAAUCUUAACUAGCCGUAACAGAAUCCCUGCAUUCUCGUCUCCGUCUGCUGCUGGUGCACCCAUUUAAUUAAUUUCACAGUGAAAGUGAAAACGUGAAAAUAGUUUUGUUUUACAUUUUUCUAGAAAAUUUGAUAUAAUUUACGCUUAUAUUAGUGCACCACGUAGAAUACUUGGUGGUCAUCAUCAUCAUGGAUCAAUUCGAUCAAUUGCUGACGUGUGCAAUUUGCUUGGAUAGAUAUAGGAAUCCAAAACUGCUACCUUGCCAGCAUUCAUUUUGUGUUGAAUGCCUCGAAGGAUUGGUCGACUACGUCCGAAAACAAAUAAAAUGUCCAGAAUGCAGGGCAGAGCACAGGGUCGGCUACCAAGGUGUUGCAGGAUUCCCAACCAAUGUGACACUCCAACGAUUUCUAGAAUUGCACAUCGACUUAACUGGCGAACUUCCAGACCCAUUUUCAAACCAAGUGAUGGAAAGAUGUCAAAUUUGCAGUGAGAAGCAAUACCUAAAUACUUGCAGUCAUUGUGACAAGAAAAUAUGUGGAGACUGCAAAGAUGCUCAUGUGGAUGUGCUGAAACGAGAAAUACAAAGAAUUAACAACCAGGUUAAGAGGGUUUUAAAUCGACUAGAAGACGCAAUCUGCACAAUAGAUAAAAACACGAUGCAUCUGCAAACCAACAGUAUAAGUGUGAUAGAGGAAAUAGAGGACAUUUACAGACGGUUGUCAAAGGCGCUGAAAGAUCGUGCGGAACACUUGAAACAUGAGGUGGAAAGGUACCUGGGAAAUGAACUCAAGCAACUGAGCUCAUUUCGCGCAAACUUAGAACAGGAAGUGGCAAAUAUCCAAUCCAACUGCGAUUUAGUAGAGAAGUAUAUGGUGAAUGAACAUGGAACACAAAUGACCUGGCAGGACAAUGAGCUUAUGGAUACGAAGGAUGUUUUUUUGAGGACGAUGGAAUUUAUUCGUAACUUUGAAUACGAGCCGGGAGAUUAUGCUCGCAGAAUCAAAUUUUCUAUGAACGUGGAUCCAAACAAAUCGGCCAUGGACUUGGGAACUUUUGCAGAUGUCUACAUCCCUCCAGUUAGCCAACCUCUCAACUUUCUCAACAACCCCAACCAGUCAGGACUCGGAUCCCAACUUUCUCCUGGUCAAGGGUCUGCAUUAAUGCGUAGCAAAUCCGACCACCGUCUUACAACGCAGUAUAGGAACAUGCAAGAUGACGAUGAAUCUGGUUCUGGGAGUUAUGGGUCAGGAAGUGGCAGGAAGUUCGGUGACCCUCGACAUCCUCGAACGUAUGGUCAAGAUGGAGAAGAUGGGACUGGGGGAGACCGCAAGUCUCGCUUUAGAUCCCGGUUUACUCGACAUUUGGAGAGCUCCUUUGAGGAGCCAGAGCCUCCUCAGGGUCGCGGUGUCCGGUUCGAACAACCUGUUAAAGAACGGGAACGAGUGCUGGAUACGGAUGACGCAAGCAAAGGACCGAUGAGUGGAAUUACGAGACUUUUCGAUAAUACAAAAGUGAUUGAACGAAUUGCUGAUACGGAGCGACCCAAGAAACCAGCCCCAAUUCCAGUUGUUCCACCUGUCGUGCAGAAAGUGACCACGGCCACCACGCCAACUCCACCCGCCCCGUGGAGAAGCACAUCUCGCCAACUUUCCGAAGAUGAUGAGAUAACAAAGCAAAAGAAAUUAAACAAAGAAGCAGCAAGUCGUGUAGAUCAAGCUGCAAGUGCAACACGAAGACAGCCGUCUAAUGAGCCAAAAAGUCUAAGUCACGCUGCGGAAGCUGAACAUCAUUCAGAACUUCCGUCUUCACAAAGUGCUGCUCAAACUGCUCAGGAGACAAGUCAAUCAAGAGUUCGGAAAUUGUCACCUGAUCGUUUAUUUCCAAAAAAGAGAUCUGAAUCUGAGGAUUCUGGGAGUACCAGUGAAUCCGCAACCAGCUCCAACUCGGUGGGAACAGGGGCUCUUUUUACUCUAGAAGAAAAAAAGAAUCGGCUUUUAAGCAAGUCGGAAGGGGCCGCCGCUGGAGCCGGAAGUGCUGCAGCUCAAAGAAAGGACUCUACAAGUUCCACAAAUGGGACCAGCCGGCCAUCGGCAGGAUCGAGGUUUGCCAAUCGCUACCUCAGUACUCCUCCGGAGAAAAAAGUGGAGCCGUCCAAGGAGGAGGACGAGGAGGAGGAAUCUAGCGAAGAGGAGUCGAGUGAGAGUGAGAGUGAGGAGGAAGAGUCAGACUCAUCCCCACCAGCCCCACCCGUCCUCAAAAAGACAGAGCCCGUCAAACCCUUAAGCAAAAUGGAAAAAACCGACAUUGGGCCCAUAUUGGCUCGGAGUGCCAACGCACGGGACAAGGAGCGAGGGGAGAGUGCGUCUUCAACAGGCACAUCCGCCUCCUCCUACACGUCCAGAGCUGCACGUCGUCCAACGGAUGAACCGACGUCGCCCACGACGACAACGGCAGCUUCUUCUGCUCUGAGUUCUUACAGGCGAAACAGGGUCACAUCUCCACCCGUUCGGGAAACAGAAGCACCCUCAUCGCGUUAUGGAACGUCCUCCUCUUCUUCGGGUGGGACAACGACGUCGAGCUCAACGGCUGGCAUGGGAAGUUCAAGGUAUCCAAGCUCCUACACAUCCUCGGGUAAUUCGGACUACACGACGCCCUUGGCUCGCAGCCGGACAGGUACCUCACUCUACUCCACCCCCUCAUCCACCACGGAGGACUCCUCGUCCCGCUAUUCAUCCGGACUGGCCUCCAAGUACCUGAACAGGUCACGACACACGUUUGAUGCGGACGACCACCCCACCCCAUCAGCAUCCAGAUAUGAAACCUCUCCUCCUUCCAACAACAACGAAAACGAGUCUAGUAAAGCAAGUAGACUGAGUAAUCUGAAGGACCGACGGGCGAAAAUAAACCGUAGUAAAUCGUCACACGAUGUCCUUCUCACUGGACUUGAUUUCAAUAAAGAGGACGAAGACAAUGGUGGGCCGGAAAGUCCUACCUCUAAAAACUCAUACGCCAAUUACCAACGGCGGAAAUCAACCACAGGUCCUGUGGAUUCGGAUUAUAAAGUUCCAUCCACAGAUGAAAGUUCCAGCAGCCUAAGCUCUUGGGCGAGAUAUUUGAAAAACAAAUAUGGGAAAGAUCGCCAACAGCCAUCCCAAACUCAGCGAUCUCCCGAAGUUGCCAGAGUUGAAGAGUUGCCAAAGUUUAACUUUUCUACUAAUCCAUACAUGAACAAGAAAAAAAUGGUGUUGAAAUUCGGAACCAGGGGAAGUGAAGCGGGAUGCUUUACGUGGCCUCGAGGAAUUGCUUGUGGACUAGACGGUCAAAUAGUGGUCGCAGACUCCUCAAAUCAUAGAGUCCAGGUUUUUGGCGAGGAUGGCAGUUUUAUCAAGGAGUUUGGUCAGUAUGGUAAUUGCGAAGGAGAGUUUGACUGUCUGGCAGGAGUGGCUGUGAAUAGAAUCGGUCAAUUCAUCGUUUCGGACAGGUAUAAUCAUAGAAUACAAGUCUUUGAUCCAUCUGGUCGGUUCUUGCGGGCGUUCGGCAGCCAAGGGAGCACAGAUGGGAAGUUUAACUAUCCUUGGGGGGUAGCCACGUGCCCUUUAGGCUUCAUUUAUGUGUGUGAUAAGGAAAACCACAGAGUGUCCGUAUUUCAAUCGGACGGGACGUUCGUGGGCCGAUUUGGCUCCAUUGGGUCAAAGGUUGGGGAGCUUCAGAAUCCACAUUAUGUCGCAGUUACUUCUACAAAUAAAGUAAUUGUCUCUGACACGAACAACAAUCGACUUUCCGUGUGGGAUGUGAACGGACGUUUUCUGAAUUGUAUCGGAGAGGAGGGAUCCGGAGAUGGACAGUUUAAAUUGCCCAGGGGCUUGGCCAUAGAUGAUUCGGGUGUUAUUGUUGUGGGGGAUAGCGGAAAUAAUCGUAUUGUAAUUUUAAGUCCAGAUGGACCGGAUGGAUGGAAAUUUAUGAAAACAUUUGGAUCUUACGGAGUUGGAAAUGGCGAGUUUAAAGGCAUUGAAGGCGUCGCGGUGACGACAAAAAAAAAUAUUCUAGUUUGUGACCGUGAGAAUCACCGUAUUCAAAUAUUUUAAUUCUACUAAUUUAAAAGAAUGUAAACCUUGCAUAUUUUUAAAACAUGCAAGAACUAUAUGUAAUACUAUAUAUUAUAAUUGUGCUACAAGCACUACAGUUAACUUAUUAGUAUUUUCUAUUAUAGCAGAUUUAUAACAACUGUGCCAGUUAACGUUGGAAAUAAAUACAAAAUAUUCACGAUAUCUGUUGUGAAUAUUCAUCAAA